AUGUCACCCUCACAUAUAAGAACUGCAUCAAAUAGUGUCGCUGAACCGAACCCCUUUGAAAUGUCGAGCGAGGCAUCAGCUUCAGGCGAACCGCCUCGAAAGAGGAUCCGAAAAGGCACCCGGAGCUGCUGGGAGUGCAAACGAAGGAAGGUCCGCUGUCAAUUGAGCUCGGAAGACGUUCCUAUCUGCUCGGGCUGUCUUGCGCGAGGAACAACAUGCCUCAGCCAAGAAUAUCCCGAAGAGCGUGAGCCAUCCAGUAACGCGCAGGUUGGUGAACGAUUGGGUCGAGUAGAGCAUUUACUGGAGAAGUUGAUCGCCAAGAUCUCCGCCUAUGAAGAAGAGGAGAAGGCACAGCAAGAUAUACACAAAGAUAUCCUCACUCCAGAAUCCAUUAGCAGUGAUGUUCUCACACCCCAUCCUUCCAACACCGCAAGCGGUGUCCAAGAUGUCACUCCGUUUAUGACUCUCUUUGAUAAUCCGGUUCUCGGCCGGCUGGAGACUAUGCCGUCCCAGAUGGCAACCCCUGUGUCCCAAUCCGUAGGGACCAAGUCGCCUUCUUGCAGGCCUUCGAAGAUUGACCGCAUACGCCAAACUUUGGUAGAUUUGUUGCCCUCCCAAAGAGAUGCGGAUCUUGUCUCGCAGAGUAGCAGUUGCUGGCUGCUCGUCCACGCCAUGGUAUCUCAUACCGCUAGUGCGUUCGAUGAUUCGAUGGUCUCCUCAACUUUUAAUAUGGCAGAGAUUUCCAAGAAGCACCCCACAAUAAUUGCAAGAACGAUAUUAUAUCUUGCCGUAUCCCUGCAGCAACUUGAUCCGGAAUUCGACACCUCUCAACUGCACCUUCUGCCUACUGUUGAAUAUCGUAUCGAUAGAUACUUAUCAACUGUCCAAGCUCUUGUAACUUCGGAUGACGAGUUAGUCACCACCGUAGAGGGGCUGGAAUGUUUAGUUCUCCAAAGUGUAUAUCACAUAAAUGCUGGGAAUCUACGUCGGGCAUGGCUGGCAACUCGGAGGGCAUUAAAUACAUGCCAAUUAAUGGGGUUCCACAACCCAACCACUGAGGUACAGGGCGGAAAAGAAAUGUGGUACCAGAUCGUCCGCGCCGACCGAUAUUUGGCAUUGUUUCUUGGCUUACCUGUUGGUUCGGUCGACGAUACUUUCGGGCCUGAGGAGACAUUUCACAACCCGGCUGUGGAUAAAGAUAUGCUUUUCUCAAGGAAGCUAUGUGAAAUAUCAAGUCGUAUAAGCGACCGGAAUCUAGCGCAAAACUCUCAAGCAUACGCCACUACCCAGGAAAUCGAUGAAAAGUUGGAUAUACUCGCUAAAGAUAUGCCAAAAUCUUGGUGGGAGAUUCCAGCUUUUACCCCUGAGACAUCUACCCAAGAACUCGCCCUUCACUUGGAUCACAUUAUGACCCAAAUAUGGUAUUUCCAACUUGAAGCUUUAUUGCAUCUUCCAUUCAUGCUCCGUGCUGCAACCGAGCGACGUUACGACUAUAGCAAAUUCACUUGCUUGAAAGCAUCAAGGGAGAUGGUCUCUCGCUAUCUUGCCAUGAACUCCACGGCCAAAUCAUUCUGUUGUAGAGUGAUGGAUUUUGGUGCAUUCACGUCGACUGUCACCCUCCUACUAGGUUUGCUAGAGGUGACUCCGGCCCCCGAAACUCCAGAGAUUCGGCAGCAGAAGGAAAAUGACCGUGCUUUAGUACAUGUUGUGGUGAAGUCCUUGGAGGAGACUUCUCGAGACGGUAAAGAGGUCAUAGCCACGCAGAGUGUCAACGUGAUUAAGUCCCUUUUAGCCAUGGACUCGCCUUCUGGCCGUGCACCCGCGAGUUUACGCCUGACAAUCCCAUACUUUGGCACCAUAACAAUUGUUCGGCCUCUACCUGCACCGAAGUCAGGCACUCCGGCAAUCCAGAACAAACAAACUGUCACGAUCGAUCAUAGCUUCCAACCACCUGCCACCUGUGCCACAGAGAGCUGGACGGAUGUGCCCUUCCAGGCGCCGGAUUCGUCGAAUAUCCCAAUGGUGUCGUUCACCAGUAGUCAUUUCCCUCCUUUAAUGCAGGAACAGCCACCCAUGGAGAAUUGGGGGUUGCAGGACACGGAUACGUUUUUCUUUGAUAGUUUGCUAAGUACAGAUAUUGAUGGGAACUGGAUUGUUUAG